CUACCCUUGAAACUCUAUCACCAUGCGUUCUCUUCCCAUUGCAUUGGCACUAGCAGCAACCGCUGUAAGUGCAGAUGUAAAGAUUGUAUGGCAACACGCCAAAGCAUCCAGCCAAACCGCACUUAGCGUAUACGACGGCUCAACCCUGUUGGCCCAAAGCUGCUCGAGUUUCAUCUCUGACGCCCCCAGCAGUAUUGACUUUACAGAUGUCGAUGAGAACGGCUUUGGGAACUUUACUGUCGGCGCUAACAAGUACCUCGUCCACUCCAAGGCAAAGUACUCGGGAGGCCCGAUUUGCACCAAGAAAUUUAGCGCUGAAGCAACCAUUGUCGAGUGUUCUAGACUUAAAUGGAAGCCCAACAAGGCAAAGAUCGAAGACAACUGCCAUGACAAGGAUGAGGCCAAGGGUGCUCUCCGGUUCUUGAGUUCCAAGAGUUCGGCAUCGGACAUAGCAAAGCGCGAGGCUAAUCCUAUCAAUGAUCCCCCGGCUUGCUCUGUCUUGACAAGGACUUCCCUGGUUGGCGAUGGCGAUCCCCACCAGAAUUAUUUCCAUAAGCAGCUUUCAGAAGUUGUAAACUGUGGAACUGCCCAGUCAUGCAGUGUUGGCAACUCCCAAUCCAUCUCGUACACCAUCGGAUGGACUGCUACCCUCACCCCUGUGAGCUGGAUCAGCGGAGGUUUCUCAGUCUCCGAGAGCUGGAACACUGGAAACACCUACACCUGUACCGGAGGCCCUGGCGAAGAUGUUUGCGUCUGGUACAACACCGCUCAUACUGCCUAUACCGUUCAGAACAAGGAGAGAGACUCUUGUGCCGUUGGUGGAGGCUGGGACUCGACUGGAGAUCCGUUUGUCAUGUAUUCACCAAACGAUUCUAACCGUGGUGGCGGCUACUACUGCGUCAUCGGUACAUGCAGGGCCCAGGGCGAUAACUACUGGGAUUACAGCGGCCGCGCGGGUGGUCCUUAGAUGCAAUCCCUGCAACUUUUGCUAGUUUAAAGCCCAAGAGCCCGAUGAUCCGGCUGAGCAUUGCCGCCAGUUAUAUUUGACUGAUUUUGCCCAAUAAAAUACGUUGAUAACAUCACAUGGAAUCACUGGAGUGAUCAAGGUUGAGGUGUCGGUGUAGAUUUGAUAGUGCAUAUUGAGAU